AUGCCUCGAAGACCAAAAGGGCUAAAGUCGAGAUAUGGCUGCAGCGAAUGCAAGCGGCGACGCGUCAAGUGCGAUGAGACAAAACCAUCCUGCUUGAAUUGCAAUCGGUUGGGCCAGUCAUGUAGCUACACCCUUAUAACUCCACAGUUCUGCGGUGGAACAAAGCCUGUCCCAAGUAGUAUCAAGUGGCAACCGCCAAAAUCUGGCCAGCCAGAUCGAUGCGUCUUUAGGCUACGCGACAUGCAACUGCUACACUUUUUCACCAUGAAGACAGCGGAGACAUUGUCAAGUCACCCAGAAGUGCAGAACGCUUGGAAGACGACCGUCGUCGACGCGGCAUUUGCGAACUCAUUCCUUCUACAGGGCUUACUGGCCCUGGCUGCUCUUCACCUCGCAAGCCAAAGUAGCGCCGAUGGUGAAGAUCUUUCCAUCCUCGCGGCCACUAAGAUAGAACAGGCCUUGGUCCAGUUUCGACAUGAAGUGCGCUGUUUGAGUUCUCAAAACUGCGACGCGGUCUUCAUUUUCUCGGUAUUGAUCGCCUUCUAUAUACCCGCAUCCGCUGGAACGGCAAUCAAUCCAUCCGCCAAUUUUUUUGGCGAUGACUUUUCUGUCUCGGUUGUCAAAUGGAUGCGUCUCUUCCGGAGUGCACGGGAUGUGUACGAUCAGUAUACGUCUCAGAUUCGAGAGAGAUCAUUGUCCAUUCUGAUUUCCUGGUAUGACCGCGAUUUACCACCUCCAACUUCAUCGAUCCCUUUGCCCGAGGGUAUUCCGAUCAACGAAUAUCUUGCGGAUCAGCUCAAACGAGUAGGGGUCCCCGAGGCAGAACUGGCUUAUCUCAUCUCAACAUCCCACCCAGAGGCUGCGCAGACCAAUGUCAGAGCCCUGAACCUCGCACUCGAAUUGUUUGGGAUCGAUGGUGAACAUCCAAAAUUACUCGAAGCUCAGUGGAAGGUGUACAUGCCCACCACACUUGGCCGUUCAGGACACCCAUGGCACAGUACAGAUGGUGUUGAUUGGUUGAGCAGGUCAUUUGCAUGGCUAUUUUGGAUACCGCUACAAUUCAUUGAGUUGCUCGAGUCACGCGACAAUAUCUCGCUGAUCAUAUUUGCAUGCUUCGGACUUGGCUUUGGUCGUGCACCAGGCAAGUGGUGGAACAGUCAUAUCCCCGGUCUUGUCAUGGAAAUGGUCCAUAGGAAUUUACCCCCAGAUUCUCGGGAGUUGUUCUCAUACAUACUCCCGGCUCGGUCAGAUGAUGGCCUCGCUGACUGCGCGAUAACAGCCUCAGUCCAUCCCCAUGUUUCAAACACGUGA